AUGGCUAAGAAGGAGCCGGAGCGCUCCAUAGAAUUCCAUGGAGUCCUUGGAGGUCAUGUAUUUGUGUGGCGCGACGCCAUCAACCGGUUGUACUAUAACCUUUCGGAGAUUCCGGACGAGGCGAAGCGCGUGGGGAUUUAUCCGUAUAGAAUUUGGGCCGAGAAAAUGGUUCUCAGUGGGUAUAACUUAUGCCUUAAUCCGUUUCAUACCGCCUCGGGAUAUACGGCUAUUGUCACCACUUCGAAUACUACAGCUGGCACGGCCACAGCGAACGUCGCGUUUGCGUCCGGAACGUAUGAUGUAGCGGUGAAUUACUACGACAUGAUCGGCGGAAAGCCGCGGUAUGAGCUUUUUCUUGGGAAUGGGACGGUUGGAAAGUGGACCGCUGAUUUGGAGGAUAAGCUUGGAAGGGCGCCCUCGAUAUAUCUGGAUGAGCAUUCGGCGACGAGGAUCACGUUCAGGGACGUGAAGGUGAAUCGAGGAGAUAUGUUGAGGAUUGUGGGAACGCCGGAUGGGAAUGAGCCGGCGCCUAUUGAUUAUGUGUCUUUUUCGCUUGUGGGUGUCGUAGAUUAA